AUGGCCACCGCGGCUUCCAAUCCCUAUCUGCCCAGCAAUAGCAUCCUGUCGUCCGGAUCAAUCGUGCACUCGGAGCCGGCAGGCGGUGGCAUGCAGCCGGGCAGCGCUGCGGUCACCUCGGGGUCCGGGGGCUACAGGGGGGAUCCCUCCGUCAAGAUGGUACAGAGUGACUUUAUGCAGGGCGCCAUGGCAGCGAGUAACGGGGGACACAUGCUCAGCCAUGCCCAUCAGUGGGUGACAUCCCUCCCGCACGCCGCCGCCGCCGCCGCCGCGGCAGCGGUCGCAGCGGCGGAAGCCGGGUCGCCUUGGUCGUCGAGUCCGGUCGGGAUGACGGGCAGCCCGCAGCAGCAGGACGUGAAAAGCUCCGGCAGAGACGACCUGCACACGGGGACGGCGCUGCACCAUAGACCGCCGCAUCUAGCGGCGCACCAGACGCACGCCGGCGCAUGGGGGAGCACCACGGCCGCGCACAUCAACUCCAUCUCCGGCGGACAGCAGCAGCAGCAGUCGCUGAUCUACUCCCAGCCGAGCGGCUUCACUGUGAACGGGAUGCUGAGUCCCGGCAGCCAGAGCCUGGUCCACCCGAGCCUGGUGAGGGGGGACACCCCAGAUCUGGACCACGGCAGCCACCACCAUCACCACCACCACCAGCACCCCCACCACCAGCAGCACCACGGCGGGGUCAACAGCCACGACCCGCACUCCGACGAGGACACGCCGACCUCCGACGACCUGGAGCAAUUCGCCAAACAGUUCAAACAGCGGCGCAUCAAGCUGGGCUUCACGCAGGCUGACGUGGGCUUGGCGCUGGGCACCCUGUACGGAAACGUCUUCUCCCAGACCACCAUCUGCAGGUUCGAGGCGCUGCAGCUCAGCUUCAAAAACAUGUGCAAGCUCAAGCCUCUGCUGAACAAGUGGCUGGAGGAGGCGGACUCGUCCACCGGCAGCCCCACCAGCAUCGACAAGAUCGCGGCGCAGGGCAGGAAGCGGAAGAAGCGCACCUCCAUCGAGGUGAGCGUGAAAGGAGCUCUGGAGAGCCACUUCCUGAAGUGCCCCAAGCCCUCGGCACAGGAGAUCAGCACGCUGGCGGACAACCUGCAGCUGGAGAAGGAGGUGGUCCGGGUUUGGUUUUGCAAUCGGAGACAGAAGGAAAAGCGGAUGACGCCCCCGGGAGUGCCGCAGACGCCGGAGGAUGUGUACUCUCAGGUCGGCAAUGUGAGUGCAGAAACACCGCCUCCGUCCAUGGACUGCAAACGAAUGUUCAGUGAAACAUAG